GAAAGAAGGGAAAGGGAAAGCAAGCUGAGCAAAGAAAUGGCAGAAAAAGCCGCAAAGGAACUAGAAAAAAUGCAGUUACAAGAAAAGGCCGAAGUAAAGUAUAAAGAAUGGUUAAAGAAGAAGAGAGCUGAAGAGGCAGAAAAGAAGAAGAAAGAGAAGGAAAAAGAAAAAGAAAGGGAAGCUGAGCUGCAGGAGAAGAAAGCAAGAUCAGAGAAGAUCUUUAAGGAAUGGCUACAUAAUGCUAGAAAUAAACCACGCCCUGUUUUAAAUGGUUAUGGCUUCCCACAUGGGAAGUCUGCAGGAUUUGCUGAUGGAAAUUUGUAUCCAGCUCCAGCAUAUUAUAACCCCAUUCCUUGGAAACCUGUACACGUGCCUCCUCCAAAGGAAGACAAUGUUCUUACCAUGAAGAAGAGUAAGCGACCUGUAUCUUGUCAGUCACGUGCGUCUUCACCUAUGGUAAUUUAUAAGCCCAGGAACAAUGCUUGUGUUGGAUCCUUGUGUAGAAAGCACCUAUAG